AUGCCUCUGGUGUCCCCCGCCCGGGCACGCAUGCUCUGGGGCCAUGCACCUCGUGUGCGAUCAUCACACGUAAGACGACAAGGCCUUGCGACCAUCGCCGAUCUCCCACGAACUCGACAACGCCCACAUGUCGAUGUAGUCGUGAUAGGAGGCGGCCAUGCAGGAUGCGAGGCAUCAGCAGCAGCAGCGCGGACGGGUGCUCGAACGACAUUGGUCACGCCUUCGUACGAUAAUCUUGGAGUAUGCAGCUGUAACCCGUCCUUUGGAGGGAUUGGGAAGGGGACGAUGCUGCGGGAGAUCGAUGCAUUGGAUGGACUAGUUGGUCGGAUCACGGACAAAGCAGGAGUACAGUUCAGGGUUCUCAAUCGGAAGAAGGGGCCAGCGGUAUGGGGACCACGGGCACAGAUCGAUCGGGCACUGUACAAGAAGCAUAUGCGAGAUGAGAUGAUGGACUAUCCUGGGCUUAGUGUGAAGGAAGGCAAAGUCGCGGAUAUCAUUCUCGAUCAGUCGCCGGAAUCUAGAUUGGACGGUAGACAUGGCAAGAUCACAGGUGUCAGGCUGGAGUCUGGCGAGGUCGUUGAGACGGACAACGUGGUCAUCACCACAGGCACGUUUCUUGGUGGCGAGAUACAUAUUGGCCUCGAGGUCUUUCCAUCUGGUCGCAUGGGCGAGGCUGCGACUUUCGGACUUUCUGCUUCGUUAAAAGAUGCAGGUUUCAAGCUUGGUCGGCUCAAGACAGGCACACCACCACGACUAGACAGGAAGACCAUUGAUUUCGAUAAGCUGCAAGUCCAGCCUGGAGACGACAACCCUAUGCCCUUCUCAUACCUCAACGAUCGAGUGAGUGUCAAGGAACAGCUCAAUUGCUGGAGUACCUAUACCAACGCCGCAACACAUGAUGUAAUACGAGCAAAUCUCGACAAGAGCAUUCACAUUCGUGAAUCUGUAAAGGGACCUCGAUACUGCCCGUCCCUAGAGAGCAAGGUUCUCAGAUUCGCGGACAAAGAGCAGCAUCUAAUCUGGCUCGAACCGGAGGGCUUUGACAACGAUGUGAUCUACCCGAACGGGAUCAGCAUGACCGUGCCUGUCGAGGCGCAGGAGGCUAUGCUAAAGACUAUUGUUGGUCUUGAGAACGCCAAAAUGCUACAAGCUGGUUAUGGCGUUGAAUACGACUAUGUCGAUCCACGAAGCCUCAGGCGUACACUCGAGACGAAGGCUAUCAGUGGUCUGUUUCUGGCUGGACAAAUUAACGGCACGACUGGCUAUGAAGAGGCAGCUGCGCAAGGUGUGCUAGCAGGGAUCAACGCUGGCAACUCUGCCAUUGGUAGAGCACCAUUCACGAUCUCCCGCGCAGAUGGCUACAUCGGCAUCAUGAUCGAUGAUCUGGUGACAAAAGGUGUCAGCGAGCCUUAUCGCAUGUUCACUAGCCGCAGCGAGUAUCGCAUGUCUGCACGAGCUGACAAUGCGGACGUCCGCCUUACAGCCAAGGGUCGACAGGCUGGGGUCGUAGGCGAUAAGCGCUGGACCGCGUAUACAGAUGAGCAGACGCAAAUGGAAGAGCUGCGUGCGUUGCUGGAGGCGAAGAAGUUAAGCUCUACGGACUGGAUUGAACAUGGCUUUCCUGUGCGUAGUGAUAGUGUCAGGAGAAGUGGGUUCGAUCUGCUGCGCCACACUGGCGUUACCACGAGCAAGCUUGUAGAACUCAUUCCAGAGAUUGCGCAAUACUCUGAAUGCAUACAAGCACGACUUGAUGUCGAAGGGACAUAUGCACCAUACAUUACACAGCAAGAAGCUUCAGCUGCAGCUUUCGCACGCGACGAGAGCCUCCUCCUGCCCGGCGACUUGAACUACCAAGCCAUUCACGGGUUGAGCUUCGAGGAGAAGAAAGUCCUCAGUGAUACACGACCAGAGUCUGUAGGACAGGCUCGACGAAUCGAAGGUAUGACACCAGCAGGCGCGCUGAGGCUACUCGCUUAUGUGAAGAAUGAGUGGCGGCGAACACAAAAGGACCGCAUAUACAAAGAGACAUUCGAGUGCCAGCCUCCCGGACGUGAAGUUGAAGCUCUCGUUUAA